GAGCAACAUCAACUUCACUUAAAAUAACUAAGUCCAUCUUUCUUCCUCUCUUUUGUUCGUUAAUUUCAGAUGGCUAAGAAGAACGGGACGUCGUGGUUCACAGCGGUAAAGAAGAUUCUCUGGUCACCGUCUAAGGAUUCCGACAAGAAGAGUCACCAUAAAGAAACUGAUAAUAAUAAGUUGAAAAAGGAGAAGAAAGGAUGGAUUUUUCGAAAGACCAAAGUAGAAACCACUAACUUUGUAACCGACACGGCUGAGACGGAGGAGAAGGACAAAACGGCGGUAGUUGUCUCCGAUGUGGAUGAAGUGGUCGCGGAGGUCGUUAAGCUAACGGCAACUCCAGGUUUUAUAAGACGUCAUUGGGCUGCCAUUAUUAUUCAAACAGCUUUCAGAGGCUACCUCGCAAAACGAGCAUUUGGGGCACUAAAAGGGAUAGUGAAGCUACAAGCAUUGGUGAGAGGUCAUAAUGUUAGAAACCAAGCGAAACACACUUUAAGACGCAUCAAGGCGUUGGUUCGAGUUCAAGAUCAAGUGCUUAAUCAUCAUCAACAACAACGUUCAAGAGUCUUAUCAUCACCAUCAUCAAAUUGUUAUGAUAUCGAAGCAAGACGUAACUCAAUGUUUGCUGAAUCUAACGGUUUUUGGGACACUAAAACAUAUCUUCAAGACAUUCGUAGCCGUAGAUCUCUGUCGAGGGACAUGAGUCGAUGCACCAAUGAAUUUGUUGUUAACCAAGAAGAAUCACAAUCGAUUUUGCAGAAGAGCCUAGAGAUUGCUAUUGAACGAGAGAAAGCACAUGCACUUGCUCUCUCUAAUCAGAUUCGGAGUCGCUCUUAUCGUAAUCAAUCCAUCGGCAACGAUAUGGAGCUUCUAGAGAGAACCAAGUGGCUCGAUCGAUGGAUGGCUACAAAGCAAUGGGACAACACAGUCACCAGUUCCACAACAAGAGAUCCAAUAAAGACUCUUGAAAUGGAUACAAACAUAGCCACCACAACACCUCAUAGAUUGUAUCCAGCGACACCACCAUCUUGCAGAGCCACUAGAACCUUUGGGGUAAGAUCAGCUAGUCCGAGGAUUCCUUGUUCUUCGCCCACUUCGAUGGUUCAGCCAAAUUAUAUGAGUGCGACUGAGUCAGCUAAGGCUAAGGCAAGGACUCAGAGCACGCCACGGCGGAGACCGGUUAUCACGGCGAAGAAACGGUUGUGUUAUGCGGAGGAGGGGAUUUUGAGGAGUCCGAGUUUGAAGAGUGCUUAUAAUGGUUGUCUUUGGGGGGAACAUGAAUCGGAUUACUCUUGUUGUUACGGUGAUGGGCUCGCUGGAAAAGUGUCGCCUUGUUCUACAAGUGAUCUCCGGUGGUUAAAGUGAGAGGCAAUUUGUUUUGUUUAUUACGUGUUUGUAAUAUUAACGAUCAUGAGAUUUUCUUUAAUUAUGAUUCCUUGAGCCACA